AUGCAAGCUGUACUCCUCCCGGUUAUAUCCUUCGUUUCUCUUCUGUUGAGCGUGGUACCACUGGUACUGCACUGGAACAAUCGCAACGUGGCUGCCAGCAGCCUGAUCUGCUGGUACAUGAUUCUCAAUGUCUUCAACAUAAUCAAUGCCAUACUCUGGCCAACCGAUGACGUGAGUUCUUGGUGGAAUGGUAAGGGUCUAUGUGAUUUUGAGGGAAAGGUUAUGAUUGCGAGUUAUAUUGCUGUUCCUGGGACACUCGUUUGUAUCUUUCGCAGUUUGGCCUGCGUGCUGGACACCAGGCGUGCGGCCUUAGUUCCUACCAAGUCGCAGCGGUGGUGGAAUCGUGGAAUGACCCUGCUGUUCUGCUUCAUAGCCCCGGCAAUCGCAAUGAUCACACAGAUCAUCUAUCAGGGAGGCCGUUACUUUCUUUUUGCUAUUUCUGGUUGCGUCAACAGCUACGAUGAAACUUGGGUGACCCUGGUCCUGGCCUAUAUCUGGCCGCUGGUCAUCUGCCUGAUCGCUGGUUACUAUUGCGUGAUCGUUCUGCAUCGUCUCAGCAAGUAUCGAAGUCAAUUCGGAGACAUACUCCAAUCCUCGAACAGCAACAUGAACAAAUCUCGAUUCGUGCGGCUUUUCUUACUCGCCUUUCUCAUGCUGUUGGCUAUCAUCCCUGUUCAGACCUUCGUCGUGUGUACCAACAUUUUGCGUACCCUCCCGUGGCAUGCGUACUCCUGGGAUCGCGCCCACCCUCCUACCUGGAACACAAUCAUCAAAGUCCCUGCAAUGGGCGAAGUAUACUUUGACCGCUGGAUCCCAGCCGCAUCGGGCUUCAUGUUCUUUCUUUUCUUUGGCAGCGGUCGUGAUGCCACCAAAAUGUACCGCGCGAUCCUAGUUUUCCUGGGUAUGCAACACUGCUUCCCCUGCCUACGAACCUCCUCUGGCACCAGUUCGGCCGACUCGACCGGCUCAACAAGUAGCCGAGCGAAGUUACUUUUCAACUGGAAAUGGACAUCUGCAAACAGAACAAAUGUCAACAACACCACACACCGUCUACCCAUAGGUUACGACACCCAAGACGUUGAAAAAGGGGUCACGCUUCAGAGCAAGCAACCUGCGCGUACUCCAUGGUACAAGCGUGUGUGGCGACUCAAAGGGUCUCCUAGCAAAGAUAGGAUGCUCCCCCUCCACCACUUGGCCGAGAUAACUGCCAACACAGUCUCGACCAAUGCCUGGGCAGGCGUGAGUCGAAGCCGGAACAGUAGCGACCUUGGAAGCCCACCGCUCAAGGACGACCACAUUCGAGUCAAGCAAGUCAUCACCCAGCAGAGUGAGAUGUAUGCUUAG